CAAAAACGCGACUGCAGUUUGGACGAUGGAGGUGUGGGCCGAGGUCCGGCGGCAGUGCCGGGCGCUGCGCGUCGCCAAGAAGAAGACGGACAAGAAGCGCGAGAUGAUUGCACUCGACAGCCUCCUCACGUCAAGCGCCCACCAGGCCGUGCUGCACCGGAGCGGCUGCUGGGGCUACGUCAUCGGCCAGAUCUUCAACGUCGUCGAGGAAGAUCUGCUCGAGCUCACGAAGAAGACGAAGCGCAAGUCUGCGUCGAGCACCAUGGAGCUGCCCAACGUCAACGUGCUCUUCCACGCGCUCGACAGCGCCCGCGGCGCCCUCCACGAAAACGCGCUCGGCGUCGACACGCUCAAGCGGCUCGGUGUCUUUGGCGAGCUUGGCAUCAACGACGAGAUCACGGUCGGGACGCCGGUCGAGCGCCACUGCUACACGCUCUUGGAGAAGCUCCUCUCGGUUCCGGCGUACACGCAGCGCCUCGACCCGAACCUGCUCAACGACGUCCUCGGCCGCGUGCUCACGCAUCUGCAUCUUGGUACGUCCAUCGAGCACCACAACCACUGCGCGUCGAUUGCGCUGCACAUCAUAAAGGGCAUCGCGAUGGACUUGCAUCCGCAUUUGCCCAAGUACAUGGACUUCUUCAACGCGUGGUUUGGCCACGGCCACCAAGUGUCGACGUCGGUCGCGCUCAAUUUGCUGGCGAGUCUUGUCUUCCUCAUGGAGACGUACCCGACGGCCAUGGCGCCGCUUGUUACCGACACGACCGCGCUCGCCUUUGUGCAGCGCAUGCUGCCGCACCACCUCAAGGCGCUGCCACUCGAGGUCUCGGGCUUUCUACUGCAGUACUACCGGCUCGUGCCCAGCAGCGACGUCAAGCACCUUUGCAUGGCCCUUCUCGACCAAACGACGAUGCACACGGUGUUUACAGCGGCGUUUUCCGUCGCUCGGCAAAGUGCGAUGACGUCGGCCGCGUCGACGCUCGACGGCAGCUUGCUCGGGGAUCGUGCGAUCGCAUGGUAUAGCAUGACCGCCGACGUCGUCUGGCUGCAUGAUUUUUCCACGUCGGCCGCAACUGUCGCGAAUAAGCGCCGACGCACGACGACGGCGCUCGAGUUGGUGCUGGAGCGGAUCGGCGAUACGGCGUCGGCGUCGCAAGGCUCGGGCGGAACGACGGCACCGACCAUGUACUCGCAACUGCGCGCGACCGCGUCCGUCGAGAGUGACGUCCGCCGCCUCCCGUGGCUGUUUCUACUCCUCGCGCUCAUCUCGCGUCACGGCCAUUGGCUCCAAGCGCACCGCCAGGAGAUUCUGACUUCAGUCGUCGACGCGCUCGUGACGACGCUCGACGUGGCCACCAUGGACGGCUACUGCAAGGACGUGACGUGUCAACUGCUCGUGCUCUUGGUCGUCCGGUCGGAUGACGCGGCGUCGUGGGCCACCGACGUCUUUACCAAGAUUGCUGCUGACGCUGGUCGGCGUAAACCCAAAGAGUCCAUGUUGCAGUUGCUGGCGGUUUGCGCGGCCGGUCCUGUGCCACCGGCGGCCGUCGAAGCGCAGGCACCGGCGUUGCUGACAGUCGUACAUAGUCAUGUGCUCACGGUAUCGGCGCUGACUCUGGCGGUUGCGCUCUGGACUACCGUCGACACCGGCGUGGCGUCGGCGUCGAUGCGCAGUUUUGUACUGCAAGGCCUGCGCGGACUCGCACCCGCCGCCAACGAUGAGUCCAUUGUGCUCUUGCUGCUCAGUGGCGCACUUGCGGCGGUCUGCGACGGCAUGCUACGCUGGGACGUUGCCACAUACCUCGUUCCAACGCUGAGCUCUCAGUUUGCCACGUGUGGCCUCGGCUACACGGCACCAAAAGCACUCGACAUGCGCAACCACGCCCACAUCUUGCCGCAUCUCGUUGAGGCGUACGCCGGGAUGCUGCCCGUGAUGCCGGCACCCGCGGCGCCUCGGCGCCUCAAGCUACCGGUGUUUGUUGACGAAGAUGUUUUGCGUCUGCCCGAAGCGUUUGUGGCGCAGCGGCGACUCUCUAUCGUACUGCAGCCCCACCGAAGCUUGUGCGUCGACAAGGACCACUUGAGUAGUCUUCGCAGCGACGUCCACGCGCUACUGCACGAGCACCUCUCGUUGCUGCCGUCGGCGAGCACCGAGGACAUUGCGCCGCUCUUGCACCGCCUUCUCGAGUUGGGACUGGUCGUGGCAGCCGCCCUUGGGCUGUACGCAGGGCUGCAGCAGCACAUUGAAGCGGCUUCGAUGCUCGGCCAAGUCCUCUCGGCGACGACAAGCCGGCUCACGCAUCUCCUCAAGCACGAGCAGUACCACGAAGCGCUCUUUCAGAAGCUGUACUGCCUCUUGCUGGUGCUACAGGGCGCCAACUUGAGCCAACUCACGGCGGCCAACAUCGACGUACCGGCCAUUACCAAGGUCAAGAUCCCGCCAUCGUGUCGGGUCGCUGCCCGCGAUCUUGUGGCGAUGCUGGAAGCGUUCGUGCUGAGUGAAGCCGCGUCGUCCAUCCGCAGCGACUUGGAAGAUCCGUCGGACGACAUGAUCAACGACGACGAUGUCAGCAGGUUCCAAGCUGACGCGGCCUCGGCGUCGGACGCCGCCUGUCGCCUCUGGAGCCUCCGCAUUGUGCUACUCUUGAAGAAGUCGGAGAGCAGCUGCCACCUCGUCCACACAGUCGUGCAGCAAAACUACGUCGCCGCCACAAGCGCCGUGUUUCUCGUCCCGCUGUUGUGCUUUCCGCUGACGAGUGAAGGCGUCCGGGUUGGCGUGAGUCUAAUAAAGAGCACGGCCAAGAUUGCGCCCGAAGACGCCACCCACAUGCUCCGCGUCCUCAGCUACCACGUGACCGAGUCGCUGCCACCCGAGCUGCUCCAGGACGUCGUUGCUCUCCUCGAGUAUCUCGGGAAAAAGUUCAAGCAUAACCGGAUCGUCCGUCGGCGCCUUCUGCAGUGCUGGGAGGCGUGGUACCUCGUCAAUGUCGACACGUUUGGCGGCUUUAUCGAAGUCAACUUGCCGCACCUCGUCGACAAGGACGUCCAUGUCCGCGUCGCCAGUCUCGUCGCGCUUCGGACGCUCUACACCAAGUUUGAAGGCGUGCAGGCCAUCUACAAUGACGUGUUUGCGCACUUGCAAGAGCACGAAGCCGACACGACGACGUUCAUCCUUGCGUGCUACGUCGCAGCGUGCGUCUGUCCGUCGCUCUUGCCAUUGGUGCUCUCGCAGUACGUCGAGAACGGUCAAGACGACGCGCUCGUCGUCAAGAGCAUUCUGGCGCUCAGUGACCACCAUGGAUACGCGUCCCCGAUGGCCAUGUGCGAGGACCAGCUGUGGGGCAUCUUGGCGAGCUACCUCGGGCUUUUGCCGCGGCUGCAGUGCCCGGCGGAGAGCAGCGACACGCCGUGGAUGCAGCUGGGACUACGCCUCUUUGACGCCAACGUUCCUUCACUGGCGGCUGCGAUUGUGGCGGCACCGUCGCUGCGACAGCACCUCCUCCCGUUUCUCGUGCUACUGGACGUGGCCAACAGCACGGCCGACCACGUCGGUGCGCUUCUCGAGAUCAUACCUGAUCUGCGCGUGCCUGACGAGAUGGCCGUCGGCGCCAAGGUCGUUGCCCAGCUGCUUCUGGAUAUACCUGUCACAACGGCGGUCGACGUGACGCCGAGCCUCUUCCGGUGCGUGUGCGAGAUGACGUUUGCGCUGGUCCGUGCCUGCCCCGAGCUGGCGCCUCGCGUGUCGUGGGCGGUGUUGGCGCACCAGCUGCCGCAUAGCUUUUGCGCGGUGGAUAUCGCCCUGUGCUUGAGCAGUAUCGUCGGCACCACACACGCACCGACGUCACGACGGGUGCCACUGCAGUGUCUUUGCGACUGCCUGGACGCGUUGGGGUACAGCGUCGCCAACAACGUCUUGGCCCAGCGGCUACUGCUGAGCGUGCUGCUUCGCUACAUGGAAGAGAGUCCCGCCGUUUCGGUCGUGCUCAAGGCGACCGUCGAGCGCUGCUUGCAGUCGGACCCCGACGUCCUUGGCGCGAAUCUCAACUUCCUCGUGCAGAGCGUCGUGCCGAUGUACACGCGGUGGGAACCGUCGACCAAGUCGCUUCUCGACGGCUGCCUCGUCGCGGUCGCCCAGCAUCCCAAGCUGCACAAGCACAUUGUGACGCUGGACCCAAUCCCGCUGCACGUGUCGCCGUCCCUCGACCAGCUCGCAGCCACGUGCAACGCGUCAUCGCAGCUCGACGAAUCGCUCGUCGCCAAGCUGCAGCGCACUCCGCUGGACGCCGUGCCGUUCUCUAGCUUUGGGCUCCAGACGCUCGAUGGGAUCAUGCCAGCGAUGGCCAAAGAGAAGCCGUCAACGAUCGCUGCCGUGGUGUACGGCUUAUUGCACCAAGCGUACCAGCGCGCACCUGCGUCGACGCCGCUCGUUCCAACCACCAAUGACACGGAAGCGCUUCCGAUGUGGAGCCAGCCGUCGCAGCCGACGCUCUUAAAGCGGGCGAGCAGCAGUAGCUACGUGGCGCCGAGUGGCGAAGCGCCACCGGUGCUACUCCAACUGGCAACGUGCUUGGGGCACCUCGGCGCUGUCUUUCCGUCGGCCGCGCUGCACCUCGAUGCGUCGGCGCUCAACGCUUUGUACUUGCACGUGUACCACCGGCCGUGCCUUGCGCAGCUGCAGGCGUACAAGGACAGCGUCCUCGAAGUCCGCGCCAAGGUCCUCGAAUACGUCGUGUGCCAGCUCUUUGCCAACGAGAUGCGCAUCAUUUCGACGGCAACGACCACGCUGCGAACGCUGCUCGGACUACCGGUAGUGCAUACGACGCUACUGUCGACACGGUCGCUCUCGUCAAGUCUCAAGGUGUUUCUGAGCCUUGUCGAGCCGACGAGCUCGCCAGGAUUGCCGACCCAAAUUGCAAGUCGUGCGUGGCCCGCCGUGGGGGAGACCAGCGUCGAUACAUGGGCUGCCCAAUGCUCGCUGCACCUCAUCUCGCUCUGUGAGGACCCGCUGCUGCAUGCAUGCGUCGACUUGGUGUCGGUGCAGCCGACGUUUGGUGUGUGUCUCUUGCCUCUGGCGCUCCACGCCGUCGUUAUGGACGGCCGCGCGCUCGCGUCUGUCUCGGGCGACCUUGCGGCACUCUUGGCGACGGACGACGUUCCGCCAGGGCACGGCCAACUGCUCGUCCACAGCCUCCAGUACGCGUCGCAGCUAGAGAAAUCGAGCGCACGGUCGCACGCGGCCAAGUUGCUGCACUUGCCAUGGCUGGACGUGGCGCGGCUGGCGCUGGCGAGCGAGCUCCCGUACUCGGCGCUGCAGUUUGUGGAAAAGCAUGUCGAUGCCAAGCAUCGCCGGCUGUAUGCCGCCAUGGACGACGACCUUGUGCCCAUCUUGCGGGCCAUCUACGAUGCGAUCGGGGACCUGGAUGGCAUGGACGGCGUACUCGACACGCCUGACCUCGUCGCCAUGCCGAGCAGCUACGCCAUGGAGCGCAAGAUUUCAAGUAGCUUGCCUCUGUACGACGCGGCGCUGCGACUCGACCCGCACUCGGCGACGCUCCAAGCCGGGCUUGCCACGUCGCUCGAGACGCUUGGGUAUGCGCAUUUGCUGCAGUCGGUGCUCUCGGCCACCAAGGCGCCGUCGCCGUAUACGUACGAGCUCGCGUGGAAGUCGAUGCAGUGGGAUCUCAAGGUCGACACGUCGAGUUUCGAGGGGUGUGUCUACGGCUGUCUGCGCGGCCUGGCCGUCCACGACCAUGCAAACGUUGAACUGCUUCUCGGACAAGCCAAGACAUCGCUGUUGCAGUCGCAGCAGGUGGCGUUCACAGGUCUCGAGUCCACCAAGCGUCUUCAGACGUCGCUGCUCCAGCUCGAAACCCUUGGCAAACUUGAAGCUGUGCUGAGCAUCCAGCGUCAGAGCGCCCAAGAUCAGUUGCUUGGCGCGAUGCAGCUGCAGACGACGCAGCAUGAGCUGCUUGGGUCUUGGACGCAGCGCCACAGCGUGUAUGAAGACGAUGCGGACGCGCUUCUCCGCGCCCUCGAGCUCGAGAGCACGCUACUGUCGCUUCUCGAGUGGCCGACGCCAACGUGGCACCUCAAGCGCGCCAAAGCCGCGCGGAAGGCCGAUCGCCCGGCGACCGCGUUUGCUGCUUUGGCCCACCUCGAAGCGAUCAAGGUCACGAGCGCGAUGCAGUCGUCGCUCCUGCUCGAGAAGGCGCGGACGUUCUAUGCGACCGGGGACGCUCCCCGCGCGCUCCUCAUCGCCAAGCACGUACACAAGGCGCUGGUUGCUGCGCCGUCGUCCGAGCCACUGCUGCUGGCGCAGACGCAACUCACGAUUGGCAAGUGGCUGGCGUCGAUGCGCGCCGAGCGCAACGAAGUGAUCCACACGCAGUACCUCUCGGCCGCGACCGCGUUGUUUGAACGACUUGGCCCCGAGACGCGCCAUGGCAAGGAAGCGUCCAAGGCGUACUUGGUCGUGGCCAACUACCUCUACGACAACUACCUCCAAGUCAAGACCCGCGUCGAGUCGAGUGAGUGGAAGCGAGGCAAGCAGGUCGCUUUGGCCCAAGAGCAAGAGCUGCACGCGUGCGAGAAGCUGCCGGACGCCGAGCGCAGCCGCUACAUGAAGCACAUUGUGCCGCUCCGCAAGCAGGUCGAGUACGACAAGAAGGAGCGCGCGAUGGUCGAAAACUCGGUGCUCAUGUUCCUCACGGGCGCCUUGCACAACUAUGGGCUUUGCCUCCGGUACGCGCCGGUGGCCGACAUGACACCCGUCUUUCGCAUUGUGUCUCUGUGGUUUGAGCACGGCGCGGUGGCGGCCGUGACUGACGAAAUGGCGACGAUCGUCGAGACGGUUCCGUCGUACAAGCUCCUCCCGCUGUCGUACCAGAUCUUGUCGCGCCUUGCGUCAAGCGUCGCGCUGCCCGCGUUCCACAGUGUGCUGGAAGCGCUCGCUCUCAAGAUGGGCGUCGACCACCCGCACCACACGCUCGUGCAGCUGUUGGCGCUCAAGAACACGGGCAAGCAAGGCAGCGUGCAGUUCCGCGACAACGUCGGGUCGAGCAAGGCGGAGGCGGCCGCACGCAUCCUCGCCCAAGUCCAAAAACACAGUAGCACGAGCGCCGAGCUCGUUCAGAACAUGGAGGUGCUCUGCGACGCGUACGUCAAGCUCGCGCUCUAUGACACGACCGAGUUUGCGCGCAAGGGCGUCAAGAAGAUUCCGUGUGCCAACGUGGUCGUGGGACCCCACAACGUGGCGUUUGACCAGUGCCUUCGCCUUCGCCGGCUCAACCAGGACACCCAAGCACGCCCUGCGGUGCUAACGCUCUCGAUCGCGCCCCGCUCGGACCGGGACUAUACCCACGUGCCCCGGGUGCAGUCGUUCGAGACGACGUUCACCAUCACCGACACGGGGAUCCACCGCCCCAAGAUCCUCUUCUGUUUUGGCUCGGACGGGCUUCGACGCAAGCAGCUCGUCAAGGGCAACGACGACACGCGCCAGGAUCUCGUGAUUGAACAGACGUUCGAGAUGGUCAACACGUUCUUGGCCGAGCAGUCGGCGACCAAGCAGCGCCAGCUGCACAUCAAGACGUACAAGGUGACGCCGCUGGGGCCGAUCGCUGGUGUUCUCGAGUGGGUUGAGAACACGCUUCCAAUUGGCAACUACCUCACGAGCCGAGGCAUGGACGCGCAUGGGCGGUACCACCCGAGUGAGUGGAAGCACCCCAACUGCCGCCAGCACCUCAUGCGCGCGACCGACAAGUACCAGGCGUUUCUCGAGAUCCAAGCGCACUUUACGCCCGUGUUUCAUCACUUUUUCCUCGAGAAAUUUCCCGAUCCGGCCAACUGGUAUGCCAAGCGCGUGGCGUACACGCGCAGUGUCGCCGUCACGUCGAUCGUCGGCCACAUCCUCGGCAUUGGCGACCGGCACUCGUCCAACAUCCUCAUCGACGAGGCAACGGGCGACUUGGUUCACAUUGACUUUGGCGUCGUCUUUGACCAAGGGAUGGCGCUGCAGACGCCCGAGACGGUGCCGUUUCGGCUUACGCGGGACCUUGUCGACGGCAUGGGCGUCACGGGCGUCGACGGGUUAUUUACGCGGACGUGCGAAGAGACGCUCAAGGUCUUGCGCAAGAAGGGCGCGGCGUUGACGACGAUUCUAGAAGUGUUCAUCCACGAUCCGCUCUACAACUGGACGCUCUCGCCCGUGAAGGCGCUCAAGAUGCAGCAGGAAAGUCAGCUCUUAUUGCACAAGAAGAGCGACGUGAUGCCCGAAGAAAACGUCGCCGACGCUGCCUCCCGCGCGCUUCUCCGCGUCAAGCAGAAGCUCCAAGGGUACGAGGACCCGACCGGCGAUGCGAUGAGCGUCGAAGGCCAAGUCAAGCGGCUCGUGCAUAUGGCCCAGGACCCGCACAAUCUCUGCAAGCUGUACCCGGGCUGGGGUCCCUGGCUCUAAAUAGCACGCAAUAUUGACAAAGCAACAGAAUGGUAUCAAGUUGAUACUCGAUGUGGCAUGAA